AUUUUGUAUCAGAACGAAGAAGGAACAUGUCCCUUGCUUAAGAUCCGAACACCACUAGUCUCAAAGUCGUUCAUUUGACGAUGCGCUGCCACACAGCGCUGUUCAGUCACGUGUUCGCGAACACAGGGUGAAGUCAUUCCAGACGGAGAAAUCCGUAAAUAGUCGCUACUAGCAUCGAGCUAACAUCGCUGGUUUUGUUUAUGAAUUAACAUACUCCCACAUUCCACUCUGUCUCAGGUUCAUGUGGAUCAGGUUCUGACGUCAAUAAUCUCAUUCCCCAAACAAAUUGCCCGAGAACUCCUUCCCCAUGGCCAGCGAACCUCCUACGACUGACUCUGCGACAACAAGCCACAUUCCUCCUUUUGCGAGGCAAUUAGCCCCUUACAUUAAGAGCCGUCAAGAAGCUCUGCGUAUCCGACAAGUCCUAACCUCAUACCUCCGCUCGCAAAUUACAUUCGCCGAAGAGGAUCCCGAACGACCAAAUCCUCAUGCGGAAUCCCACCUCGUCCUCUGUGCCCCUCACGAUGCCGUUGUUGACGUGAAACGGGCUCCACUAGAGCUGACUGGACUGAGGAAGGAAUAUCUGGAGGCGCUUCAGGCGAACGUGGCUGCAAAGCAGGAAAACCAAUCUGUUUCCGAGAAUCUGGCCGCGAAAACGCAGCAGAGGAGCAAAGCCAGAGCAGAGGCAACGACAACACCGGUUCCUAAAUCUGAACUACAGACGUAUCUUGCACUCCUCCGAGAUCGUCGCCGAAAUGCGAAACUCGAGGUCUUUCAGCACUAUUUGCAAGAAUUGAAGGGUCGACAGACGGUUGAACUAGAACAAUUUGACAAAACCGAGGAUCAAAACCAACAUCUCCAGCGGAUUGGUGGAUACGAGGAUGGGGGACAGGGGGGUUCUGGAGAAGAGGGUGUCAAAGGGCUAGUUCACAAACUCGAGAGGGCAGUCAUCCGCGCAAGGGCACAAUUGGAGAGGGAGAAGAAGCUAUUCGAGGAGCUCAAGGCACAACAUGAUGCUAGGGAAAACACCGACAAUGGGGAUGUUCCAUCGGCAAGCAAGAUCCAGGCUUUACAGCGGACACGAGAUGCACUGGUGCAAUGGGUUGAAGAGAAACUGAUGAGUGUUGGCGCCAAUGAUGAGGGUCCAAUAGAGGAGCUCUCACCCGAGGAAAUUGAAGAUGCGUCCAACUUACUCGAUGGGCGUAGGACUCAAAUCAUGCAACAAUAUACGACUUAUGUAGAGACUCGUCGAGCUCUUCUGGAAACCGCUGCCAAAUCUUGCCAGCCUGUCGCUCCAGGCCCUGCCAAACCCCGAGAACCGUCUGACGACAACGACAAGCCUAUAGCUGAGGAGCCUCUACCCCUCGAACCUAUGGAUGCCAUGGCUUUUGCAAGUGAACGUAUACUUCCGCUCUCCAAAUCCCAACGAGGAUUGUCUCUACAAAAGUCCUAUCUGUCGGCCAUGCUUUCCAAAGAGAAAUCUACCACCCUUCGCAUUCUCAAUCGCCUUGCUGAUGAGAGCCAUCUUCUUCCUGAAUACCCUCUUCUCUCUCGUCAACCCCGUUUCAAGCACGCCACAGCAGGUUCCCGAAGUUCCCUGUCUCCUCGGGAACUCGCUCCCCCAGACGAGAUUACUUCAUUGACAGAAGCAUGGGCGUUCGCUGGCGGAGCUGCACGAGAACACGAGCAGGAGUACGUGGCGCAAAAGAUUGUGGAAGGCGGAGUAACAGCGCACGAGGCACUGCAGACGUUGGAGGAGAUUUGCGACACGUUGAACCAAGACUUGCAGGAUGUUUUCGAAGAUGCACAGGAGUCCAGUACUGGUGUUCAAUCACGGUCGAAGUCGAGUUCCAUUGAGAAACAAACCGGGCCAUGGAGUGGGCUGAAUGGUCAAGUGGGGGUUGCAGAAUAGGCCAAUGCAACGUCUUUUCUUGUCUGUGACAUUUUAAAAACGGUCUUGCUACACAAUCUUACUUGACUGACGUUGUUCUUGAUCAUUGUUUUUUGUAGUUGAAAGAGAUCUUGUUGCAAAUAGAGUUGCGAUAUCAACACUGAGCGAUUGGCCGUGGACAACCGAGCGCCUAUCAGAUUGUGG